AGGUGGACAAAACUCCUUUUGCAGGGAGCUGAGCUAAGUGUUGAGGAGAGUGUGUGAGAGGAGAGAUAACACUACAAAUUUGCACCUGACACAUACACACAAACACUCUCUCUCUACUCUUUCUCUCUCUAAACUCAGUCCUCUUUAUCUUCUUCUUCUUCUUCUUUCUUCUUUUUGGGGUUUUCUUUCUGGGUUGAUUCUCUGAUUCAUAAAUUUCUGGGGGGUUUUUUCGUUUUUGGUUCCCCUUAAUUAAUUGAUAUGGAGUUUGAGGAUCAAGAGGAGCACGACGAAGAGAUGGAGAUGGCGGCCAGUUACGACUCGCUUGGAAACUCAGCGGGUGGCGUCCGGGUCAAAAUGUCGAAUUCUGGGCCCGAGGGCGUGGCAGCCAUAGCGGCGGCGGCGGCGGCGUCUCAGCAGCAGCAGCAGCAACAACAACAGCAACAGCAGCAGAGGAAGGGCGCCGCGAGGUACAGAGAGUGCCUGAAGAACCACGCGGUCGGGAUUGGAGGCCACGCGCUCGACGGGUGCGGCGAGUUCAUGCCGGCCGGUGCGGAGGGCACGCUCGACGCGCUAAAAUGCGCCGCCUGCAACUGCCACCGCAACUUCCACCGCAAGGAGGGCGACUCGGGCGGGCUCGCGCUCAUGAACGCCGACCCGUACGGGCAGCUGGUGCCGCUCCACGGGCAGCACAACCACCCGCAGUUCUCGCCGUACUACCGGACGCCAGCAGGGUACCUCCACGUGGCGCCGCACCACAGGCCGCUGGCGCUGCCGUCGACGUCAGGAGGGGGCGGGACCCACAGCAGGGGGGAAGAGCAGGAGGACGACGUGUCGAAUCCUAGCGGAGGCGGCGGCGGUGGAGGGGGUUUGGGAAUGGGAGGGGGUGUACAUGGAACGGCGUCUUCCGGGAAGAAGAGGUUCAGGACGAAGUUUACGGCGGAGCAGAAGGAGAGGAUGUUAACUUUGGCGGAGACGCUGGGGUGGAGGAUUCAGAAGCAGGACGAGCCGGCGAUUCAGCAGUUCUGCAACGAGACUGGAGUGAAGCGUAACGUCCUCAAGGUUUGGAUGCAUAACAACAAGCACACUCUGGGGCCUUCAAAUGAUGAACCCAACCCGAGUUGAAAAGGGAUGAUGAUCUUUGGGACCUAGCUUUCAUAUUCUCUGGUCUGUUUCUUUCUGCUACCAAGUUUUUGUCUUU